GGUCCAGCGACUAAAAUGAUCCUACCGUGAGCCAGCCUGCAGCGCUUCCAAAAGUGGCUGACUACUACACAGGAGCGCGGCUUUCUUUGCGAUUACUCCAGUCGUGUUCCCCCCCACGCCCCCGCCCGGGCACUGCAGCAGUGCGUGCUCUGUUUUGGUUUUGUUUGCUUUUUUUUUCUUUUCCUUUUUUUCAUUUCCCCUUUCACCCUACCGGCUCUCCUCCCGUGUCCUUCUCUCCAGGAUGGCGGAAGCAGAGUUGCACAAGGAGAGGCUCCAAGCCAUAGCAGAGAAAAGGAAAAGGCAGACAGAAAUAGAAGGCAAGAGACAACAGCUUGAGGACCAAAUACUUCAGCUGCAGCAUUUCAAGUCAAAAGCUCUUCGGGAAAAAUGGCUGCUACAGGGGAUUCCUGCUGGCUCCGCAGAAGAGGAAGAAGCCAGAAGGAGGCAGUCAGAAGAGGAUGAGCUGAAGGUGAAAAAGCUGGAAGAAAACAUACACAGGCUGGAACAUGAAAUACAGAAUUUAGAAAGUGAGGAAUCCCAAAUAUCUGCCAAAGAACAAAUCAUUUUGGAGAAACUAAAAGAGACUGAGAAAUCCUUCGAAAACUUGCAAAAGAGUUUCUCACACCAGGAUGGUGAUGCAGUAAAUUACAUUUACUCCCAGAUCCCUGAACUCCCAACCCUCUAUUCACGAACAGCAGAGCCAGUUCCUGGGCGGGACGGAGCAAGCAGAGUAGCUGCUUUGUGCACCAUGGAAAUUAAUGUGGAGAAAGACAAACAGACAGGAGAGACCAAGAUUGUCUCUGCUUCACCUGUUGGCCCAGAUGAGGCCCAUCAAAGAGGAUUCAAAGUCUAUGAUGAUGGUACCAAGGUAGUCUAUGAGGUUCACUCUGGUGGCACAGUGGUAGAAAAUGGAGUACAUAAAUUAAGCUCAAAGGACGUAGAUGAACUUAUACAAAAAGCUGGACAAUCAAGUGUAAAAGGAGGGUAUGAAACAAUGACUGUGUCAGAGAGAAAUGCGGUAGCCGAUGGAAACCUUAGCCAUAUGAAGGAGCAAAUGCUCUUCAAGGAGGCAAAGCUGGAAAUGGUACACAAACCCAGCAAAGGGCAUGCUGUGAAUCUUCAGCCCCAAGACAAACCAUGUGGUGGCGAAGCCCCAGAGGCCAGCGCAGAUCAGCCAGUGACAAUGAUAUUUAUGGGCUACCAGAACAUUGAUGAUGAAGAGGAGACGAAGAAAGUGUUGGGUUAUGAUGAGACCAUCAAGGCAGAGCUGGUCCUGAUUGAUGAAGAUGAUGAAAAGUCAUUGCGGGAGAAGACCGUGACGGAUGUCUCCACCAUGGAUGGGAAUGCUGCAGAGCUGGUCUCUGGCAGGCCACUGUCAGACACGACAGAGCCCUCCUCUCCUGAGGGGAAGGAAGAGAGCCUGCCCUUGGAAGCUGCCCCAGGCGCAGGAGGAUCGGACAUGCUGCCGGGGGACCCGCCAGGACCCUGCUCCUGUGAAAGUCCCAAAGCCGAGGAGGGUUCAGGGAAAUCUUCCAGAAUCCCUGAGGAUGACAUCAGGUUGAGAAAAAACAGAGACCGUAACUGUGCCAAUUUCCUGGAGCCGGCUACUGUGCUUGCUACAAAAGAAGAGAAAAUGGAAAUUGAAGUUCCAGUUUCUGAACACAAAAGCAUCACCACAGUGGCUUCACCACAUCCCAUAGACAAUCCAACCCACUUUUUUUCCCCUGCUGCCAGCCACAAUGGACUUAAGGACAGGCAUGAAUCUCUGGAUAGUGAAGUUGCUAAAGAAAUCAGAUACCUAGAUGAAGUGCUGGAGGCAAAUUGCUGUGAUUUAGCUACAGAUAAUACCUUUAAUGGGACAUCCUUCCCUGAACCAAAUGCAGUCUCUAUUAUGGACGGCUCAGGAGCAUCUGUUAAUGUCAGUAAUGAAUCAGUACCCAGUGAAAGGGAAGAAAAUGUAGCCGACAAGCAGGCACCCUUAGUAGUUGAACCAUGUGAAGCUAGCAUAACAGAUGAGAACCUGAAAUCUAAUGGCCCUUCCUUGGGUGGACUGAAAGAAGACACUAGGGAGAGUCUGAAGGUGCCAGGAAGUCCCACUUCUUCAAACAGUUCUAGAAGGUCCUCUAAAGAUGGAGAAACAACUCUUACAACCCUUAAGAGAGAGGCUAAGUUUGAACUGCGAGCAUUCCAUGAAGACAAAAAGCCCUCAAAACUCUUUGAAGAAGAGGAAGAGAAGGAAAAAUACAGGGUCCGCAAGGUGAGACCAUCAGAGGAAAUGAUGGAGCUCGAAAAGGAAAGGAGGGAGCUCAUUAAAAGCCAGGCUGUCAAGAAAAACCCCAACAUUGCUGCCAAAUGGUGGAACCCUCCCCAAGAGAAGACCCUGGAGGAUCAGCUAGAUGAAGAGCAUCUGGAGUCUCACAAGAAGUACAAGGAGCGCAAGGAGAGACAGCAGCAGCAAAGUGCAACACCAACAUCCCCCAAACAGGUUAGCUACUCCUUUGUACCACCAGAGCCAGUCAAUAUCAAGAAAGAAGAUAUUGUCACAGAACAAAUUGAUUUUUCGGCUGCCAGAAAGCAGUUCCAGCUGAUGGAGCAUUCAGGUCCAUCUCAGGGUCAGGGUCCACCGAGGCGGUCAGGAGCACCCAAAAUGUUCUCCAUCAAACCCUUCUACAAAAGCCUCAAUUCUCCUCAUGUUGACAGGCCUCUGACCUCUGUGAUGAGACCAGUUUCAGUGUGUGGGCAACCAGGACAGCUUGAGGGUCACAACGCCACUGUUGUCAAAGCACAGAAGGCGUCUUGUACCUCAGAAGAUGAUAAAAGUGCUCAGGAUAUCCCUGCUGACCCAGCAAGAGAGUUACCAUGCAGUGAUAGCCCCAGAGCUGGACAGGCCUCAAAACUAUGGACAGAUGAUGGAGAAUUUAUGAGUGCAAGAGCAGUGUUCACAAUGGUGAAGGAUGAUGGACAGGGUGUGCUAGAGCAGUUCCCAAAGUCAGCCAGCGCCUCUUCCCCUCCAGAGGAGCUCGACUCUGGUUUGGAUGACUUGUCUGUAAGGUCUCAGGAUACCACUGUCUUGGAGACCCUUUCCAAUGACUUCAGCAUGGAUAACAUCAGCGACAGCGGUGCCUCCAAUGAAACCAUGAGCGCCCUGCAGGAAAGCUCGCUGGCUGAUUUCUCCCUGCCACAAACCCCUCAGGCUGACACACCAGCAGAGUGCAGGGGUGAAGGCAUCUCCAAGUCCUUCAGUGACCCAGGCUGUGAUUCACCUUCUUCUGUCUUGGCAGACUCCAUGCUGAUUGAUGACCAGCUGGAGUACCACGCUGGCCUGCUGGUUCAAAAUGCCAUCCAACAAGCCAUAGCUGAGCAGGCAGAUAAAACAAACUGCAAGGAAGAGGAGAACCCAGUGGAGAAGGAGAUCUCUGUCAAAGAGAAGCCAUCCACCACCAAGCCAGCUCCAGCCUCCAAGGAGCAGCAGAACCCAGUGUUCAAGCCACCUCAGGUGUCUUCACCUGUUCAAGAAAAAAGGGACACCGUACCAAAGACUUCAAAAGACAAAGACUCAAGACUCAGGGAAGGGAAGAGUUCGCAGCAGUCUCCCAUGUACUCAGCCAGCCAGCCAUUCCUUGUGGAGGAAAACAGGCAUGAAGUCAGCUAUUUCAGCAAGUAUUCAGAGGCAGCAGAGCUGAGGAGCACUGCCUCCAUCCUGGCCACGCAGGAGCCUGAAGUGACCGUGGGCCCUUUCAAGUUACGGUCAAGGAAGCAGAGGACUUUGUCGAUGAUAGAAGAAGAGAUCAGAGCUGCCCAGGAGCGAGAGGAGGAGCUGAAGAGGCAGCGGCAAGGUCUGCAGGUGGCACCGAGCCUGGUUACAAAGAGUGCACCACCCAUGCCCACCAGAACCGUGUCUUACAAAACUGCACCAGGAAAGAUAGAGAAGAUCAAGCCUCCUCCAUCCCCCACUGCAGAAGGCCCUGUCUCUCAAACUGACACACCAGAGGAACCUGCAGGAGCCCAGCGACCCAAGAACCUGAUGCAGACCCUCAUGGAGGAUUAUGAAACACACAAAACUAAGCGACGAGAGAGGAUGGAUGACAGCAGUUACACCUCUAAAUUACUGUCUAGCAAGGUUACUUCUGAGGUCCUUGAGGCAACCCGGGUGAACCGUAGGAAGAGUGCUCUGGCACUGCGUUGGGAAGCUGGCAUCUACGCCAACCGCGAGGAGGACGAAUAGCCAGGCACACUGAAAACAAAAAAAAAAAAAAAAAAAAAAAAAGAGAGAGAGAAAGGAAGAAAAAAAAAAUGCAAAACACACACACAAAAAAAUCCCACAAAACACAAAAAAACGCUAUGAAAGAAGCAGUGGUUUAGUCUGAUAUUUAUUAAAUACACGACAAACUCAAUGAUGCACAUAGACACAGAGAUGAUCCAACUCCUGGCAAUCCUAAAACAACAGGAGAAUCCCUCCUAGAACAUUCCCCCAUCUCCUUCCCUCCAUCUCCCCUCUGAAAUAAUGCAAUGAGGAGGGUGCAGGAGGUGGGAGCCCUCAAGGGGGGUACAAGGGGACCAUUAUCCCCACAGACCAGAGGGGUUUGCAGGCAUGUGGCAGAAGGCUGGCAUGGAGGAGCCUGCAGCCAGGGAUCACACUGGUGCUUCCCACUGACUGAACUGACAGCCCUGCCUUGUCCCCAGGACCACUAUCCCCCAGCAGCUCCCAUCGAACCCUCACACCGAGACCAUCGGCGUUACUUCAGCAUCCUCCUCCAGCCACAAAACACAACAAUACUGCCCUCUGUUGCUAUUUCUUUGAAGGGACUGAAGGGUUUUUGGGAUUGGGGUGUUUUUUGGAGCAGGGUUGGUUUCUGCUCCCCCUUCUAGUAAUUUAUGUGUUUAAAAGGAAAAGGAAACCCAACAGGGAGGCAAUUAUUGCAAAUGUACAAUCCAGCAGACUCAAUCAAACAGCCCUUGUGUUGCAAACACAAACCACCACAAUUUAGGAGUGGAAUAGAUGGGGAUGAGAGCUAAGCCAAAUGGAUUAACUUAGCUUUAGGAUCCUAUAUGCUUGCAAUAUCACCUGAGCUUCAGGUUCUCAGAGCAUAUUUACCUAACAAAGUUUCUAAAUAGAAAAUCUGUAUUUAGAGGAUGACAACUAUUUUUUGAUGAUGGGGAGGGACAAGAAUAGUGUAUGUGUAAAAUCUAAAAAGAUGGAUUAUUUGAAGUAGAAAGGUAGUGCGAAAGGGAUACAAAUAAAGGACAUUUAAUUUUCAAAUGAGGCAAUAAUUGAACUUAGCCAGACUCUGGCCUAGAAAGAGGUAUGAAAUAAAGAAGAAAGAUAAUUACUUCUUUAACUAUAUUUAUACAACAUAAGAAGCCUUUGAAGCAGAGUGCUUUGUGGAAGUCUUCACGUUUCCAGGCAACAAAAAAAGCUAAAGGGCAUAAUAAGUUGGAAGGAGUGAGCAAGGAAGGGCAAGGAAGGGAAGAAAACAUUUUUGCCAUUCAGCCAGUGUUUUCAGUGCUACAAGCAAACCAUAGAGCCUUUAGACAUUGCUUAGGCUUGGGAUCAGCAGUGAAGGAUUUGAGUGGAUCUGUGGAUGUGUGUGGGCAUGUGUGUGUGCCUGUGUGUGUGUGCCUGUGUGUGCAGGGGUGUGUGUGAGGCUGGCAUACGAAGGGUAUGGCAGUGCGUGUGCUGAUUAUUUUCUCUAAAGCUGUGUACCAGCUAUAGGGGUGAGUGCUAAUUUCUUUUUUUGUUGUUGUUGUUUUUCUGAAAGGGGAUAUAAAAACAAGGCACUGAGUUAAUGCAGUAUUUGUGAUAUUAAAAUUUGACCCAACAUGGUAAUUGCAUGAAUCACAAUUGCAAAGUAUUGACCAGUUUUGUAAGCUGACAAUUAGGAAAAGAAAUGUGGUAUUUAUUCUUGUGCUUUGUAUUUGUAUGUAGUAUAGAGGCUAUGGGUUUACUCUUUCUUUUCACACAAACAAAACAAUAGGAAUAUUUUACAACUGGGAACCAUAAUUUCUGGACUAGAAACCAAAAAAUUCGGGAGGUGAAAAAAAAAAAAGACAUUCAGCUUUUUAUAUAUAAUCUGCCUUUUUAGUAAACAGACAUUAUUAUUUGGACAUCUUUGUUAAAAAUAGUCAGCCAGGAUGCUGGUCCUCUCUUAAGCCUUUCUUUGGUUUCAUGACCUGCUGUGCUGUUUUACCCUGAAACAGUGAGCUGCUUUAAAUGACUACCAAUACUGUGAACAUACUUCUGGUGCUUUACUUACACAAACACAAAGCUUUCAACCAAAUUAUUCCCCACUUCCCUUCAGUUCCUCCAGCAUGUGAUUUCUGUCAAUGGACAGUAAUUUUGAGACUCAUUUUCAGAGAAUCAUAGCAAAUACUAUAUAUAUAUAUAUAUAUAUAUAUAUGUAUACCCAUUAACUCAGUUCUGUCAGUUGUCUCCCCAAAUGCUAUUGAACAGAAGACACCAAUGCCGAAUUAAGUGUUCACUGUGAUGAAGGGCAGCAAGCUUAUCUCAAAGACAGUCUCUCAUCCCUGGUGCAUGGAGAGGCACCAUGCUUGUGAGGGGAUUACACACCUACUGAAGUGGAUCCAUUGUUCAGACAUGGCAGUCAGCAGUGAUUCAGGGCUGCUAGCAGGUCCUUACCAUGAGGCUGAAGGAGAAGCAAUGCUGCCAAACCAGGAUGCUGGUGAGGCCAGAGGUCUUGCAGCUGUACCCAUGAGAUCUGCCCAUCUGUACCAAGAGGAGUCCUGGCUCCUUCCACUGCUGGGGAGAACUUAAGUGAAACUGAGAGGAAAAAAAGGGGUUUCCUGAGCAGGGGAGGUGGUCCCUAUGCUUACAGUGAGCUUGUAGUCUUGCACCAAAGGAUGCUUUUCAGAGUCCCCCCAGUAUUUUUUGCUUCAUGAAACCAGGGCAGCCCUGGGCUGCCUUCCCAGGAACCUGCAUCUUUUGUUUUCUUUAACCUGAAGGUCUGUUUUUUCCUCUUGCCUGCUCACUGGAAGCCAAUGACAUUGAUCAGCCAUCAUAAGACAUCUCUUCCUGUACUGCCACAAUCAGCCCUCAGAAGUGAAAAUUAAACUGUUUCACUAGAAAGGGGAUGUGGUGGGGAAAAGAGGGCAGACAGGAGUCCUCUGCACUAGAAGCAUUCACUUUCAUCCCCUCAACAGAAGUAUUUGCAUCAAUCAGUCCAGAAGAGCCAAAUUUUACACCUAGCAGAGUUUUUCUCUUCCAGAAAUUAUGGACACUCGUAGUCAGCAGGACACGUUCAGUGCUGUGCUAACAUGAGUGUGAUGCAGUUUACUUGCCUCUGAUAUUUCAUUUGCAUGCUACCAAGCUUAGGUGUUUAUAAGUAUAUGCCAGUAAUACAUAUCUUAUCUAUAUAUAACUAUAUCAAAUGCAACAAAAGAGCACUAUCGCAGAGUUAACUUUGUCUCCACAAAAGAAAUGCUCAGAUCCUUUCCCGUGGCAAAGACUGGUUUUAAUGAAAUUGUUUAUUGAGAAAUAGUUAAGCAUUAGCAUUUGUGAUUAUAAUCAGUUUGAGGUUACAGUGCAGGUUUUCUGAACGAUUUGUUUUAAAAGCUGCCAGUUUGGGCUUCAUCUUGCUCCGUACUGACAUUAUCUGAAGGAAAAUACAGUAGCAUUGGCGCAUUUGGCAAGCAAAAGGCGGCAUCCUUGUCAUGAUUUAUCAACCAGUUUCAACAGUACUUGGCUUUCUGUAUGUUAACCACUUAAAUGUUAUCCUGCUUUUGUUUUAUAGUGACUGUGAGGCCUACAAUGCAAGUAUAUAAUUAUUUUCUCAUUAAAACAGAAACCUGUGUUGUGUUUCUAUAAA